UACGCUUCUUUUGUUCACAACAAGCCUGGUAAGGGUGAACUUGGGCCACUUGCUAAACAUAUUCGAAUUCGAGACACGUUCUGUGUAUAUUAGACACUGUUUGUUUUUUUAAACACACGCACAUGUCUACGUGUUAACCUGUUUUAUUCCACAUAGUUAGCUAGCUAUUUUAGCUAAUGCUAAACAGCUAAUGCUAUCUAGCUAGCUAACAUCCCCGACCAUGAGCUCACUAAGUUACUCCCUCACCUUCUAAAGAGGAGGUCUGCUGGACGGAGAAAGAAGCUCCCGUGAAAGAGAAGAAGGAAGAGGAAGCUGUUACGUUGUUUUGUUGUGUAGGUGGCUUGCUAAGUUAGCAUUAGCAACUAACCUAAGGUUAAUUCUAUCUACCUAGUUAACGUCCCCGACCAUGAGUUCACUAAGCUACUCCACCACUUCUAAAGAAGAGGUCUGCUGGACGGAGAAAGAAGCUCUGGGGCUGAACAUCAUCGUAAAAGAAGAGGAGGAUGUUAGAGUGAAAGGAGAGGAAGGUGAAGAAGAGGAUGAUAUUAGAGUGAAAGGAGAGGAAGGUGAAGAAGAGGAGGAUAUUAGAGUGAAAGGAGAGGAAGAAGAGGAUGCAGUGUUCAGAGUGAAGAAGGAGGGGGAGGAGGAGGUCACAGUGAAAGAAGAAGAGGAGGAAGAAGAUUUCAAAAUAAUAAAGGAGGAAGAGGAGGAGGCUAUUACAUUGAAAGAAGAAGAAGUUCUAGUGAAAGGAGAGGAAGAACCUUUUAGAGUGGAAGAGGAGGAUAUCUCAAUAAAAGAGGAAGAUGUCUUGGGAGAGGAGGAGGAGACUGAACAUCUGAUUGACACCAGAGAGAGACCAGAUUCUCAUUCUGACAGCGGGAAGAGUCCUUCAGUGGAACCAGACCCAGAGACGCCCAAACCAGCAAGAAAACAUCACUGCUCCCACUGUGGAAAGAGUUUUACCUGGUUAGGGCACCUUAGACACCAUAAGAGAACGCACACAGGGGAGAAGCCCUACCCAUGCUCCCAGUGUGGAAAGAGAUUUACCAUGUUAGGGAACCUGAAACAGCAUGAGAGGACACACACUGCAGAAAGGCCGUUUAAAUGUUCCCAGUGUGGAAAGAGUUUUACCUGGUUACGGUACCUGAAUAAGCAUGAAGAAAUACAUACAGCCGGGAGGAAGACCUGCCAAUGCUCUCAGUGUGGAAAGAGAUUUACUACGUUAGGGUACCUGAAAACACACAAGAGAAUACACUCCGGAGAGAAGCCUUACCAAUGCUCCCAAUGUGGAAUGACUUAUAACCAGUUAGGGAACCUGAAAUCACAUGAGAGAAUACACACGGGAGAAAAGCCCUUCCAGUGCUCCCAGUGUGGAAAGAGAUUUACUGGUUCAAAGAACCUGAAAUUGCAUGUGAGAAUACAUCGUGAUAAACAUACAAAUACACAGGAGGGGAAGGAGGAGGAGGAGAAGACAUACCACUGCUCUCAUUGCGGAAAGACAUUUUCCCAGUCAGAGGACCUGAAAUCACAUGAGAGAAUAGAGAGGCUGUGUUCCGACUUGAGUUUUUGACUUAGAAUGUGUUUUUUCUUCAAGCCACAUGAAAUCAUAUUGUACACUAAGUACACCAAACAUUGGUAUCACCUUCCCAAUAUUGAGUUCCACCCCCCCCCCAUUUUGCCCUCAGAACAGCCUCCAUUCAUCGGGGCAUGGACUACACGGUGUUGAAAGCCUUCUACAGGGAUGCUGGCCUAUGUUGACUCCAAUGCUUCCCAUAGUUGUGUCAAGUUGGCUGGAUGUCCUUUGGGUUGUGAACCAUUCUUGAUACACGUGGGAUACUGUUGAGCUUGAAAAACCCAGCCUGGCACCUACUACUAUACCCAGUUCAAAGGCAAUUCAAUCUUUUGUCUUGCCCAUUCACCCUCUGAAUGGCGCAUACACACAAUCCAGGUUUAAAAUGUUUUCGUUAACCUGUCUCCUCCAUAUCAUAUAAACUGAUUGAAGUGGAUUUAACACAUUUUUUUAUUUUUUUUAUUUCACCUUUAUUUAACCAGGUAACAGAACACAUAGAACACAUAGAACACACAGAACACACAGAACACACAACACAUAGAACACACUACACAUAGAACACACAACACAUAGAACACACUACACAUAGAACACACUACACAUAGAACACACAACACAUAGAACACACUACACAUAGAAAACAUUUUUUCCCCCACCUUUAUUUAACCAGGUAGGCCAGUUGAGAACAAGAUCUCAUUUACAACUGCGACCUGGCCAAGAUAAAGCAAAGCAGUUCGACACAAACAACAACACAGAGUUACACAUGGAAUAAACAAAACAUACAUUUAAUAACACAGUAGAAAUAUCUAUAUACAGCAUGUGCAAAUGAGGUAGGAUAAGAGAGGUAAGGCAAUAAAUAGGCCAUGGUGGUGAAGUAAUUACAAUAUAGCAAUUAAACACUGGAAUGUGCAGAAGAUGAAUGUGCAAGUUGAGAUACUGGGGGUGCAAAGGAGCAAGAUAAAUAAAUAAAUACAUUAUGGGGAUGAGGUAGUUGGAUAGGCUAUUUACAGAUGAGCUACCUACAGGUGCAGUGGUCUGUGAGCUUGUCUGACAGCUGGUGCUUAAAGCUAGUGAGGGAGGUAAGAGUCUCCAUCUUCAGAGAUUUUUGCAGUUCAUUCCAGUCAUUGGCAACAGAGAACUCGAAGGAGAGGUGGCCAAAGGAAGAAUUGGCUUUGGGGGUGACCAGUGAGAUAUACCUGCUGGAGCGCUUGCUACGGGUGGGUGCUGCUAUGGUGACCAGUGAGCUGAGAUAAGGCGGGUCUUUACCUAGCAGAGACUUGUAGAUGACCUGGAGCCAGUGGGUUUGGCGACGAGUAUGAAGCGAGGGCCAGCCAACGGGUAGUAUAUGGGGUGACAAAACGGUUGGCAAUCAUUUGAGAAACCAAGGCUGUUGAGUCUGCCAAUAAGAAUGUUGUGAUUGACAGAGUCGAAGCCUUAGCCAGGUCGAUGAAUAGGGCUGCACAGUAAUGUCUCUUAUCGAUGGCGGUUCUGAUAUCAUUUAGGACCUUGAGCGUGGCUGAGGUGCACCCAUGACCAGCUCUGAAACCAGAUUGCGUAGCGGAGAAGGUAUGGUGAGAUUCGAAGUGGUCGGUAAUCUAUUUGUUAACUUGGCUUUCGACGACCUUAGAAUGGCAGGGUAGAAUAGAUAUAGGUCCGUAGCAGUUUGGGUCUAGAGUGUCUCCCCCUUUGAAGAGGGGGAUGACUGCGGCAGCUUUCCAAUCUUUGGGAAUCUCAGACGAUACGAAAGAGAGGUUGAAUAGGCUAGUAAUAGGGGUUACAACAAUUUCGGCAGAUAAUUUUAGAAAGAGAGGGUCCAGAUUGUCUAGCCCGGCUGAUUUGUAGGUUUCCAGAUUUUGCAGCUCUUUCAGAACAUCGGCUAUCUGGAUUUUGGGUGAAGGUGAAGUGAGGAAGGUUUGGGUGAGUUGCUGUGGGGAGUGCAGGGCUGUUGACCGGGGUAUUGGUAGCCAGGUGGAAAGCAUCUCCAGCUGUAGAAAAAUGCUUAUUGAAAUUCUCGAUUAUUGUGGAUUUAUCGGUGGUGACAGUGUUUCCUAGCCUCAGUGCAGUGGGCAGCUGGGAGGAGGUGCUCUUAUUCUCCAUGGACUUUACAGUGUCCCAGAACUUUUUUUGAGUUUGUACUACAGGAUGCACAUUUCUGUUUGAAAAAGCUAGCCUUAGCUUUCCUUCCUAACUGCCUGUGUAUAUUGGUUCCUAAACUCCCUGAAAAGUUGCAUAUCGCGGGGGCUAUUCGAUGCACAUUUCUGUUUGAAAAAGCUUUAGCUUUCCUAACUGCCUGUGUAUAAUAUAUUGGUGAGCUCAAUAAGGGAUCAAAGCUUUCACCUGGAUUCACCUGGUCAGUCUGUGUCAUGGAAAGACAGGUGUUCUUAAUGUUUUGUAUACUCUGUGUAUAUUAGCUUGUCAAAAAAUUUUGCCUAUUUUUAUUUUAUUUUAGCUCAAAUCAGAAUGUAUUUAAUUAUUACCUGAUCUGAUACAUGUACAAACCCUCAGAUAUUAUUACCUGAUCUGAUACAUGUACAAACCCUCAGAUAUUAUUACCUGAUCUGAUACAUGUACAAACCCUCAGAUAUUGCUCGUUAUAGGAUAUUUAACGUAAAGUAUUCAAUAGAUUCAUAUAAUUUGCAUUUCUUGAUUAUAAUAGUUGAAUUUAGUCGUUUUUCUUUCAUUCAGUAAAUUUGUGGACGUGUGAAGUGAAAUGUAAUGGUCACUGCUUGCCACUUCGGCCUAGUUCACACCGAGGAUCAAACCCAGGACUUCUCUGUCUCGAUAGCACACGUGACCUCCUGAAUCGUUUUACCAGUCAGCGCCACUGCAAAGCUAGCAAUUCCUUGGCGCAAGAGGGGACAGUCCAGGCUGAGGGUUUUUACACAUUUGCUCCUUGUAAGCUGUCAUCAAGGUGAAGGGUGGCAACUUUGAAGAAGAAUAUAUAAAAUAUAUUUUGAUUUGUUUAGCACUUUUUUGGUUACUACAUGAUUCCAUAUGUGUAAUAUCAUAGUUUUGAUGUCUUCACUAUUAUUCUAAAAUGUAGAAAAUAGUAAAAAUAAAUAAAAACCUUGGAAUGAG